AUGUCAAAUAAUUUGAAAAGAACGGCUUCACCAGUGAGAGGAUGCAAUAAUACACACAAGAGAAAAGCAGAAUUUAGCACACCACCUAGGCCACCAAGAAUUGCUUUGGACCCAAUUGUUAAUAAUUCAACUCCAUCUUGUUCUACACCUGCUAACUUAAGUGACACAUGCACACAAAACAAUCGAUUUACAGCACCAUUUCCCCCUUCAGUGUCAGAUAACUCUAAUGAUAAUCUCAUUCCAACCACCCCUGUACAGUUUGUUAACAACUCUCCAUUGCGAGAAGAGGAGCUACUACUCUAUUCUAUGAUGACCCUUGUGUUUCCAAUUUACCAAAUUACUGGUGUGAAAUACAGUAGUCACAGCAUUCGAAAUUAUUUUCAUCGAGUUUACACAAACAAAGUGAAGGGUUUUGGAAAAACAAAAGGUACGUCCAAUCACCUACUCACUCCAGUCUUACAAGGGGAACAACUGGAUGAGACAACAAUGAAUUCAUUGCUACAUCAAUUGAAGUCUCAUUGCAUACAACAGGGCACAUCAACCCCUCUAGAUAACAAAGCAGAAUGCUGCCUAGACAAAGAAUAUGACAUAAACUAUGUUAACCAAAUGUUUGAAAAGACCAUUAUGCUCGAAUUAAAUAGUAAGUGGUCCAAGCAGUUUAACAGUGAUAAAAACACCAUUCAUUUCUACCAGUUUGGCAAAUGUCUUGGUUAUGCAGAAAAGGAGAUAUCACUCACAGCAGCAGGCACUUGGUCCAUAUUCUUGGAAGGGAAGCAUCGGAGUGUUGAUUUAGGCUGGACAGACAUCCCAGAUACAGUAAGAAAGUGCAACGAGCUGAAACAUCUUCUUGACACAAUUGGGAACAUGAAACUAUGCCAGGGUUGUCCAUUCGACAAGUACAAGCCUCUUUAUGAGACACACGAGUCAGAAUCACAACAACUGUUCAAGACAAAGGAUGGAACUCCAGCAGCAUUUGUGGACAUCUUGAUGUCUAAAAAUAAAGAAAAAAUAGCAAGAUCUUCAAAAUGCAUAUUACUUCUUUGGCAAGACGAUUCAAUAGAAACACCAGACACUUGCAAAGCAUGUGAAAGUACAGAUCAUUACCUAAGAACAAAGCUGUCAAGAUUAAAAAAUAAACAACCCAAUGCAGACCAAAAGACAGUGAGAUAUGACUACAUGUCAAAAGACGAACUUCUACAAGUUGCACGAAAUUCAGUAAAAGAAAUGAAAUCCUGGAAACAAAAAUGUCAAAGAUUAGAUGAAUACAGAGAUACGAUGACCACAGUGGGCAGAAAAACUGACAAUGAUUUGCAAACUAUUUUCAAAAACAUGUAUGAAGGAAUUUUAGACAAAAAACAAGUUCUACACAAUCCUGUAUGCAGAUGGCAAGAAUGUGGUAAGCAAUUUGAAAAUGUGGAACUGCUAUAUGAGCAUGCCAAACAGCAUAUUGAAAAAAUCGACACAGCCUCAAUUGCACCAAUACAUCGAAGGUACCAUUGUGCAUGGGAAACAUGUGACAAACACUAUGCAAAACUUAAGUUGCUCCAGAAUCAUUUAAGAGAACACACAGGUUAUGCCAAAGAUGAAUUGAUGGAAGUAUUAUUAAAAGAUCAAGCAACAGCUUUAAAUACCCCCUCAAAACAAAUGAGAUGGCAUCCCUUGAUAAUCCAAUGGUGUUUGAAAAUGUAUUCUAAAUGACAUUCAGCAUAUGAAGGAAUGCGUUCAUCUGGAGCCCUUCGAUUACCAAGUGGAAGGACCCUCUCAGAUUACAAGAACUACAAUUCUCCUCAAUCUGGAUGGCACUCCGGAACAUUACAAAAUAUGAAAAACAAAUUUGAGAAGAUGAAAGCACCAAAGCGUGGAAAAUUAGGAGGACUAUUUUUUGACGAAGUUAAGAUCAAGGAAGGACUUGUAUUUGAUAGUAGUUCUUGGGAACUAAUUGGUUUUAUAGACAUAAUUGAAGAGAAAGACCAACAGACAAAGCCAAUAGAUAGUCUGGCAACACAUGUCCUUCAAUUUUUCUACCGAAGUAUAUUUUUUAAGUUUGAUUUUCCAUGCGCCUAUUUCCUAACUAAAGUGCAACAGCUGUUCAGAUCAAUAGAAUGUUUUGGCUUGGUGUUAGCCUAUUACAUAGCUAUGGAUUUGAAAUAAUCCUGGUAUGUUGUGAUGGAGCAUCAACUAACAGGACUUUCUACACAAUGAACACCAAUAAUCAAUUCCACUCAGAAGGCUCUAAUCCAUUUACAAAUAAACCUAUCUUUUUUAUGUCCGACCCACCUCACUUAAUGAAGAAAUUACGAAACAACAUUUUUAACAGUGGCUUCAAAGAAAAAAACAAAAGGUUUACAAGGAAAAUGACAAAUGGUGACAAAAAUAUUUUGUGGGAGUAUGUCAACGAUGUUUACAAUCGGGAAAGGUUAAGAAGCAUUUAUGUAACUGAUCUCCGUUGUUCACACAUCAACCUGGACAAUUUAAGCAAGAUGAGAGUGAAAUUAGCAGUGCAAACACUGUCUUCCAAAGUGGCUGAUGAAAUGAAAACAUCUGACAACGAAAGAACUGCUGCAACACAAGAAUACAUUUCUGUUUGCAGUAAAUUUUAGAAUGUUUUAAAUUCUUCAAAGUUAUUAAGAGAAUCAAACUGUAAUGAAAUGAACAUUCUAGAUGAUGUUGUCAAAUACUUUAUGGACUGGCAGAAAAGCUUGGUUACCAUUUCAGAGAAGAAAGCUGAACAAGCAAAACAUUUUACAUCAUGGCAAACAAUGUUUGAUUUAAUGGGAGGACCCAGUUUUACUUACACAUGGUUCGAAAUAACGGUUCGUGAAUCACUAAUCAAUUUUCAUUUUUCAUGAACCCAAUUUCUGAAUUUCAUAGAAAUUGAUCAAAAUCACGAAUCAAAAGUCUCUCAAAUUGGUAAAAAUAUACAAUAAUAAAUUCAGUUCUUUGUAAAUGUGAUGGAGAAUCAUACAUUCUGAAGAUAUUGUUGUUAAAUUAUAAUUCCACCCAAAAUUCUAUUUCUUUGCGAGUUUGUGAUGUAUAUUAUAUAUUUAAAAAUUACAGUGCUUCCACUUUUUAACUUCCAAUUACAGAAUAUUCCUUGAAAAUUCCUUAAAAUUUUGUUAAAAUAAAAAAAUUAAUUCAUGAACCGUUUUUUCAGAAUUAAUUCGAACCCUGUUACAUAUAAUUAAUGUAGAUUCAGAACUGCCAAGAUUUAUUUAUUUUGUUAAUUAUGGAAAGUAAUGAGUUAUAAAUUAUAUUUGUUUUUUAAGGGUACCAUAGAUGCCUUAAAAGGACUCCUAAAGUUCAUGGAAAGUGACAAAUUUCAAGAAGAAUAUGGUGAACUAUUUCUAAUACCUGGAAAACUUAAUCAAGACUUUGUGGAGUCCUUUUUCUCAUGUCAGAGACAAAUGUGUGGUGGAACACAAAAUAUGACUGCCUAUGUGUAUGCAUACAACAUUAAUGGGUGCAGUUGUUUUCAAACAGCAAAAGCAUUGGGAAAGAAGCAGACCAACGUAUAUGAACUAGAGGAAACAUUGUCAUACUUUGAGGGAGACUGCAAACUUCCACGAAGAAGAAAUGACAAUAGCAUAUUUAAAACAGUUGAAUGGUACAUUGAAAUAUGA